GCGUUCACUAUUACUUCCUAUUACCCUCGAACGGCUACUCGAGACUCACAAUGGUGUUAGCUUCCAGGUUAUGGCGUUUAGAUUGCUAGAUUCUAGGUAACAAUCGUUUUCAUACAAAGUCCGCCGUAAUCUCCGUGGUCAAAAUGGCCUAGCACAUCCCACGAUGCGAACAAAUUAUCUCCGACUCAGUUAGGCACCUAUUUAACAGUAGAUGAAGGCCUCAUUUGUAUAGAAAUUUAGAUGCUUCAUCACCGUAUAAAAUUGACCACUAUUAGUAGAGAAUAUACUCACCCCAUCUUAAUUUCACGAUGUCUAUCAACCGCUCCGUAUGGCAAGACAAGCCAGGUGUGCCAGGCACCAUCCGCGAGAGUCCAAUCCCCACGAAACUCGAAGAUUCCACAGUCCUGAUCAAGGUCCGUGCUUGGGCUAUAAACCCAGCCGAUGCCAUUCUUCAGGAUAGGUCCCUGCCUUUCGUCAAAUAUCCAGUUAUACUAGGCCAAGACGUCGCCGGCACCGUCGAAGCCGUCGGGUCCAUCGCCAGCUCCAAGUUUAAGGUGGGAGAUCGCAUCUUCGGCUUCACCGUGAACAACGGCUUCCAGGACUACGUUGUGCUGGACCACGCCCUCGCUGCGAAGAUCCCAGCCUCGAUGUCCUUCGCCGAGGUUUCGGUCUUCCCCCUCUGCAUCACCUCCGCCUCCUUUGGGCUUUUUGGCGGGCAGUAUCUCGGUCUAUCCCUCCCGACCGUCAAUCCCACCACCAGCAACGGUAAAUCCGUAUUGAUCUGGGGCGGCAGUUCAGCCGUCGGCAGCAAUGCGAUCCAGCUGGCCAAAGCCGCCGGGUACGACGUGAUAGCCACGUGCUCCGCUCGCAAUUUCGCGUACGUCACAGGCCUCGGGGCGAGCAAGGUCUUCGACUACGGCAGCCCCUCCGCGACCGACGACAUCUCCGCGGAGCUCGAUGACCAGGGCCAGUGCGCCGGGAUAUUCCUAGCCAUGGGGAACGUGGCGGAUGCGUGCCAGGUGGCGCACAAGUCGAAGCAGAAAUUAUUCGUCGCGUCGACCAACCCUGUCAAGCCGGGCGAUGCGCUGGAGGGGGUCGAGGUGAAGAUGGUAUUUGGCGUCGGCGGCGUGGACGUCUUCACGGAGAUCCUUCCUGCGACGUUCGGUGGGUUCUUGCCGGAAGCGCUGGAGAAGGGGGUUUAUCAGGUGGCUCCGCCGCCAGAGGUUGUGGCGACGAGAGGUCUUGAGGGCGUGCAGGUCGCGUUGGAUACUUUGAAGAAGGGAGUAUCGGCGAAAAAACUGGUCGUGGUAGCAGAGUAGAGCCAGUGUAGGAAUACACUGGCCGAGUACCCUAACUUCAGGGGUUUAGUCUUACACACAUAGUUACUGCCUAGCUGCCCAGGUGUGUAUCCACCUAGCCCAUAAAGAUUGACACCGUGUUUUCCCAACUUUGGUAUGCAAAGGCACCGGGCACAGAACGAUAGCUUGUUGGUGCCGCACGGCCGGCCGCAAGUGAUAUGAUAUUCUGGAUACCUACCCUGAUAGGUAUGGAAGAGCGAUGCAUCCGGUCAGU